UAAGCAAGACAAGACUGGUUAGCGAUUCGGAGACUGACAGCAGUGUGACAUAACCGGAAAAGAAUGCCUCCGCGGCGGUGCACGGCGCCAGCGACGCUGCAGACGAGCAGCGACAGCGACGACUUGGAGGACUUCAUCAUGCGGUGCCUCUCGUGCGAGGAGGAGUACGACGCGGACGACGCCGGCACGUGCAAGGAGUGUUAUCAAGAGGCCAACGAGGCCGAGGAGGAGCUCCGCCACGAGAUCGAAGAGCUCAAGGCCAAGCUCUCCUUCCUCGCUCUCCCCUCUCCCCUUCUCAAUCCCUCCACCGGUGACCUCGUUCUCCUUCCCGCUGACGACUCCUCCGCUGUUCCUAUCCCCGCUCACAAGCACAUUCUGGUUAGUCGCUCUCCUGUUUUCAAAGCAAUGCUUGAGAAUGAUAUGACGGAAAGCCGGAGUGGCACCAUCAAGAUCUCAGAUGUAUCAUAUGAUACCCUUCGUGCUUUUGUUGACUAUUUAUACACUGCUGAAGCAUCCCUUGAUAACCAAAUGGCCUGUAACCUGUUGGCCUUAGGAGAGAAGUAUCAGGUGAAGCAUCUUAAGACAUACUGUGAGAAGUAUUUGAUCGCCAAAAUGAAUUGGGAUAAAGCUAUUGCAAACUAUGCCUUCGCAUAUCAAUACAAUUGCAAACAAUUACUAAAUGCGGCCUUGGCAGUGAUCUUGGACAACAUGGAUUGCCUCACUCAAAAUGAAUAUUAUGCGGAGCUGGUGGACAGUCAUCCUCGUCUUGUUGUGGAAAUAUAUGAAACAUAUCUUGUCAGACAAUUAAAUACUGCAGGCGCCUUUAGGUUACAGGAUCAGAGCUAAGGAAGCUAGCCAAUUCUGUUUUAAGCUGGGGUGAUACUUCAGCUAGGAUUAUAUUAUUGAUUGAUGAUUACUGAUUAGUCUGUGGUAGUAUUUUAAUUGUACAUUAUUAUCAUUUACUACUACAGUUAAACAUGCAAUUGGACCCACCACCUGUUCUAUUAUAAUAUUUUCUUUCUGGAUUAAA